UCAGGAAUAGUGUGAAACCUCAAUGGUUAAUGCAGGAAGAAAUGCUUGUAGUUUCGAUUUCAGUUCUAUUUAUUUUCACUUGCUUUUUGACUGGCUAUAAUACCCUGUUUGCUUUUCAGCUCCUAAGAAGAACGGUUAGUUUUCUGAGGAGCCAGCUGAGGAGGAAACACAAGCAGCGAAUAAAGGCAACUGAGAACGUGCAGAGCCCCUGCCAGGUGACCAUGGCAUCUGAAUCUACCAUGAAGUCCCCCAUUUGUUUAGUGGAAAACUGGAAUGAGCAACUGACAGUGAAUUCAGAAGCCUUGAGGAUUCUUGAAAAGAUAUGUCAACCUGUGGUCGUGGUGGCCAUUGUAGGGACAUAUCGUACGGGGAAAUCCUACCUCAUGAAUCAACUUGCAGGACAGAACCAUGGCUUCCCCCUGGGAUCUACAGUGAGGGCUGAGACCAAGGGCAUCUGGAUGUGGUGUGUGCCCCACCCCAGCAAGCCAAACCACACCCUGGUCCUCCUGGACACUGAGGGCCUGGGAGAUGUGGAAAAGGGUGACCCUAAGAAUGACUCCUGGAUCUUUGCCCUGGCUGUGCUUCUCAGCAGCACAUUUGUCUACAACAGCAUGGGCAUCAUCGACCAACAUGCCCUGGAACAGCUACACUAUGUGACUGAACUAACACAUCUAAUCAGGGCAAAAUCUGACCCCACACCAGAUGAAGUAGAGGACUCGUCUGAGUUUGUAAGUUUCUUUCCAGACUUUGUUUGGACUGUUCGAGAUUUCACACUGGAACUGAUGUUGGAUGGACACCCCAUCACAGAAGAUGAGUACCUGGAGAAUGCUUUGAAGCUGAUUUCAGGAAACAAUAAAAAAAUCCAAAAAUCCAAUAACUCUAGAGAGAGAAUCAGAUGUUUCUUUCCAAAACGAAAGUGUUUUGUCUUUGACCGGCCUACAAAUGACAGAAGCCUGUUAUCUCACAUUGAUAAAGUUCCACAAAACCAGCUGGAAAAGAAUUUUCAGGUGCAAUCAAAGAACUUCUGUUCCUAUGUUUUCACCAAUGCGAAGACCAAGACCCUGAGAGGGGGAAUCAUUGUCACUGGAAAUCGUGAGUUUCUGUUGUCCCAGUGCGUGUCUCUGGGGGGUUCACUAUGUAUGAUAACACUGUGAUUCUUUUGUGAGUUUGUCAGUAAUUCUGUUUGCUUUUGUAAGAAAUGUGGAGAAGCAGGCAUUCAUGCCACACUCAGAAAUGCAUUUUCCUAGCCACUAGACCACCAGGGAGCCUUAUAGUUGAUAAAGGGGCUAAAAGCAUGCAAUGGAGGAAGGAUAACAUCUUCAACAAAUGGUGCUGGGAAAACUGGAAAU